AUGAGCGAAACGGGCCAACCUGCCACUCCAGUAGCGACUCAAUCGCCUCCAGCUACACAUUCAAUUCCAUCUACGACAGAGAAAUCACAAGGUUCCUCUGUAAAUUCACAAGUGUCACAGACCUCAGCUAAAUCAAAGAACUCUCCCAAAUCACAGACGAUUCAGUUCGUUUCAUUCAUCUCCAGAAACGACAAGCCAUUGUAUAUCCAGUCUUUUGGACUCGUUCUGAGUACUUCCAGCGAGUCAGACUCCUCGUCUUCGCCGAGUUUCGAUGCUGAAAAUGCCAACAAAUUUCUCAAGUACAACUUUCUUUCACAUAUGGCUCUAGAUAUAUUUUCAUCGCCUGCUUCUCUCAGCAUGAGAGAACAGCAAUCGCAUCUGGCAGAGGCCGCUUCCGGAGUCCUUCUUCUUUUCAUCCAAGACGAGAUCGCCGUUUACGGCUAUGAAACAAACAACGGCUUGAAAGUUGUUGUUGGAAUCAGCAACUCUCCGUCAAUAUCAGAGAGUAAUUCGCAUCGUAACAUCAAGAAUUUGUUUCUCGAUAUCCAGAAGUGCUAUUUGAGGACGAUUUGUAACCCCUUCAAUAAUUUGGGAUCAGAUGUAGACAUAAACGAGAACGAAACCAUUCUCCAGACACCGACGUUUGACACCAAUAUCAAGAGAAUUGUCAACAGAUGGAAUGAGCUCUGA